AUGACCCUGCCACAACUCCACCACCCCACGCCUUCCUCGGCACCGGCACCAACACCGGCAUCGGCAUCGGCAUCGUCCGACUACGCCGCCCGCGUCGCCCAGCUGCGCAGCCACGAGUGUCCGCAGCUCAACGACGCCCUCUACCUCGACGCCGCCGCAUCGCCGCCCUACCCGGCCGCACUGGUCCACCGCGCCGCCACCGAGCUCGCCACCUCGCUCUUCUCCAACCCGCACUCCAAGAGCCCCUCGGCACUCGACACCGCCUCGCGCAUCGAGCACGCGCGCCACCGCGUCCUCACCGAGCUCUUUUGCAUCCACCGCCCGCACGACUGGCACCUCGUCUUCACCGCAGGCACCACCGCUUCGCUCCGCCUCGUCGCAGAUGCCUUUGACUGGUCCAACGGCGACUACCACCACCUCCUCCAGAGCCACACCAGCCUCGCCGCCAUCCGCGACAUUGCCGCAAACGCAGGCGCCCGCACCGCCGUCUUUGAGCAUCACGACCCGCCCGCGCCCGAGCCCGCGCCUUGUCGACCAGCCUCCCCCUCCUCCUCCUCCUGCCGCACCUCUGCUGGCCACCCGCGCGCCGACCUCGUCGCCCUGCCCCUUCAGUGCAACGCCACCGGCACCCGCUACGACGCCCUCCUCGCAACCCUCUGCCGCCAAAAGGGUUCGCGCUACAUCCUCGUCGACGCCGCAUCCUACCUCUCGUCGUCGCAGCGCCUCGACCUCGGCAGCUUCGACCACGACUCGGCGCCCGACUUUGUCGCCUUCUCCUUUUACAAGGUGUUUGGCUACCCCACCGGCCUCGGCGCGCUCCUCGUCAAAAAGAGCUCCGCCCACGUCCUCUCGAAAAAGGCCUACUACGGCGGCGGCACCCUCGACGCCAUCGCACCGUGGUCCCGCUGGAAGCAGCCCCGCACCGACCUCGCCGCCGCUUUCGAGGACGGCACCCCCAACAUCCACGCCAUCCUCGCCCUCCGCCACGCCUUUGACUACUACCAGCAGGCGUUUGGCCCCUGGCAGCAGCGUGCCGACUACGUGCGCUCCCUCGGACGCCACCUCCACCACCGUCUCGCCGCCCUCCGCCACGGCAACGGCGCACCCGUCGUGCGCAUCUACACUGACGUCGAGACCGGCGCCGAUUCCGGGCAGCACGCAUCGUCGUCGGCCGCCGCUUGCCGCUUUGACAUCGUCGAUGCGACCCCGCCACGGCAGGGCCCGAUCUGCAGCUUCAACGUCCUCUCGCCCGCGGGCCGCAUCGUGCCGCCCAACGAGGUCGACCGGCUGGCCUCGAUCAGCAACAUCCACAUCCGCGCCGGGCGCCACUGCAACGCCGGCUUUGUCGCGUCGUCGCUCGGCGCCACCGACGACGACAUCAAGCAGCAGUAUGCCGACGGCGUCGGCUGCGACGAGUCGUCGGACAGCGACCAACUCGUGUCGACCAGCCUGCGCGCCAGCGUCUGCCUGCUCAACACGCACGGCGACGUCGACCGGCUAGCCGCCUUCAUCGAGCGCUUCUUCCAGGUCGUCGACGUCGACGUCGACGUCCCGCGGUCGAUGGCAUCGGCAUCGGCAUCGGCAUCGGCAUCGGCACCGGCACCGGCACCGGCGCCUUCGCCCGCCUUGCACCUGUCGCAGGUGAUCGUGUACCCGAUCAAGAGCUGCGCGGGACAGCGGCUGGGCGAGGGGGAGCGGUGGCCGUUGACGAGGCACGGCCUCGAGUACGACCGCGAGUGGGUGGUGCUGGACCUGCGCACGGGCAAGGGGCUCAGCCAGAAAAAGUACCCGCGCAUGGCCCUCAUCCAGCCGCGGGUCGAGCGGCGGCGCAACAAGCUGGUGAUUGCCAUUGCCGGGCGCGGAGAUCAGGUUGAGGUCGACCUCGAGGGGCCCGAGGCGGAUGGCCAGUACGACACGAGCGACGGCGGCGGUGCGGGUGGCUGCGGGAUGGCGCAGGUGUGCGCCGAUGCGGUGCGGCCGUCGGUGCACACGUCGACGCGCGUGCGGACGGUGCUGAGCGAGCACCUGGGCGUGGCGUGCACGCUGGCGCGCCUGGCUGCGGGACAGACGGAUCGGCACUCGAAGCUGACGCUGCCGACGGCGAGCGGUGGCGGUGGCGGCCGGGCGGCUGCGUCGUCGGACCGGGUGCCGCUGCUGUUGUCCAACGAGUCGCCGUUUCUGCUCAUCAACCAGGUCUCGGUCGACGAGGUGAGCGCAUGGAUGCAGGGCGGUGGCGGUGGCCAUAGCGGCGAGGGCGGCGAGGGCGGCGAGGGCGGCGAGGGCGAUGAGGACGGCGAGCUGCGGCGAUCAUCGCCACCGAGGGCGAGCGCCUCGAGCUUCCGGAGCAACUUUGUCAUUGCCCCGCUGCCGUCGCCGUCGCCGUCGCCGUUAGGCCCGCUCGCGUUCAUCGAGGACGGCGCGGCGCGGAUCCGGAUCGGGUGGAACCGGUUUGGGGUGCUGGGACAGUGCCGGCGGUGUCAGAUGGUGUGCGUGGACCAGGCGACGGGCGAGGUGCGGCCGCAGACGUUCAAGGCGCUGGCGCGGCACCGGCGCAACGAGCGGGGCCGCAUCAUCUUUGGCUCGCACCUCGUCUGGCUCGACGGGAUCCCUGGUGGUGGCGAUGCCGCGACGGCAGGGUUGGGCAGAAAGCAGGCGGGUGUCGGGUUCGUCGAGGUUGGUAUGCCGGUCGUCGUGGAGCAGGGGUAG